UCGCGCACGUCAUUGUCGCCACUUCCAUCAGCCACCUCGGUCCAAGCGUCCUUGAUAAAAACGGUGCAGUCCUUGCUUCUGAUGCGACUGUCUCUGGUUGGCUUCUUAUCUGUUGCUAGGAAGCACCGCGUGAGCCGCCCAAACAAAUGACUAGCCUCAAUUAAUAUGUGGCUACUGUAGAAUGUGCGUCCAGUAGAUCCAUAAGAACCGGAAUUGCCACCGCUGCUGUCCGUGCUGUCAGCACUGUCCGUGGUGGCUGUGCCAGGAACCGUAAUCUCCCAACAGUCGAGGUCAUGCAAGUGCUUAAUGCUUGGGUCGAAACCCAGCCGGUGGUCCUCGCUAAAGGACAAAUUAACAAACAGCUUGAUGACCUCGCUGCGGCCCGCCUCGGUGCAAAUGUCCAUGGCUUCAGAGACCAGAACAAAACUGCAUCCAAACAAGUAUGCCUGGACAGAGCUGCUGCAAAUAGUCAGGCCCCACACAAAGCGCCGGUUGGGCUGCGCGCGAUAAAUGCGGCGACAGUGUUUAGACAGCUGCAGCGCGGCAUCGUCCACGUCAUCCGACGACGAGCCCUUCCCGACCUCGAUGGCGGCAAACAGACCGGCGUAUCACUCAUCGUUGUUGUCGAUUACGUCUACAUUGCCGUCCAACGUUGCCUCGGAGCUAUCAGUCGUAGCGACAGUGGCCAGCGUAGAGUCGAUUCCCAAGCCAAUCCGAACAGUGGUCUGGUGGGUGCAGUCGUCUCCAGUACUUGUAGUGCUGAUUGGCGCAGUGGACGGAAUGAGCACUCGGCGUGGCUCGGGGCGCCCUUGCUCUCCAUUGGCAUGCUGAUGCAUCCCCUGAAUAAUACGAGAUACGAACGAGGUAAAUGUCUCGGCGCCCUUGCUCACGUCGCCACUGCUGCUGCUUCCGUUGUGGUCCCUAGAUGUGUGUGUGCCUGUCCACCUGGAAAGCGCAUUGUAGUCCUGCCUGAGCUUGCUCGCCAACUAAUCAAUGGCGGCGUAGCUCGAGCGAGCUAGCCUAACGGGCCAGACCGAGUCGGCGUUGAUGAGCUCUUCCAAAAUAGCCAAGUCGCCGGCCGGCGUGUGCUUGGAGCCAGAUGAAAGCUGCUCCAUGGCCC